UCGUCAUGUGGAUGUCAAACAGCCCAAACUAACAGGGUCAAAAUCUCCUCCUGUUAAAAAACCUUCCAGGAUAUCUACACCGGGGGGAGGUUUUUGACUGUCUUCACGCCGCUGUAGAGGUUUUCUCCUGCCGGUUGCUAGGAGUGAUGGCGGACGGGGAAAGGUCGCCGUUGCUGUCCGAGCAACACGACGGGACGAAUGGCUUCUCUCCUGGAGGAAGCUCGUAUGGAUAUCCAUCAAAACCUCAAAGUUUGGCGCCGUUGCCCAGCGCGGCAGUGGUGCCUGGCGAAGCUCCGCCCCCUUACUCACCACAGGGAAGCCCGGACAGCAGCAGCGCUCCAGUCAUCAGCUGCCGAGUCUGUCAGAGCGCCAUAUCGGUGGAGGGCAAAACACACCAGCACGUGGUGAAGUGCAGCAUCUGCAACGAAGCUACGCCGAUAAAGAACGCCCCCGUCGGGAAAAAGUACGUCCGCUGUCCUUGCAACUGUCUUCUGAUCUGCAAAGUCACGUCGCAGAGGAUCGCCUGUCCAAGACCGUACUGUAAACGCAUCAUCAACUUGGGACCAGUCCACAUUGGCAGGGACAGUCCUGAACCGCAGCAUCAGCCCGUCGGCAUUAGAGUCAUCUGUGGACACUGCUCCAACACGUUCCUGUGGACAGAGUUUUCAGACCGAACUUUGGCGAGAUGUCCACACUGCCGAAAAGUUUCAUCUAUUGGUCGACGGUACCCCAGGAGGAGGAGCCUGCUUUGCUUCCUGCUCUUCGUAGUGCUCGCCGCUUCCACUGCAGGACUUAUGGUCGGUACAUGGACGCCCGCCGAGAGCUCUAAAGGGAUCUACGUGUCGUGGGUGCUGCUGAUCGUGCUCGCUCUGUUCGCCAUGAUGAGAACCAUCUACUGGAGGUGUCUGAAAAUCAGCGAGCCCAUAUCCAACAUCACGUAGAGGGAGACGCAAGAAGAGGGAAUACAAGGAAGGAAGGAAGGAAG